AUGCCAUCAAACUGGAAGAGGCCAGCUGAUGUUGCAUUUCCUCAAGUUUGGGCUAGGUGUGAAGGCAAAACAACUUUAGCAGAUGGUUCUAAGCUUGUCUACAGAAUACAGGAUGCCACUCCUGAAAUGCAUGAAGAAAUUGUUGACAGACUCAUGAUGGUAUACUUUGUCCGAGAUGAGGAUAUUUGCAAGACAAUUAAUUUAAUGGCAGAUAAAACAUCUAUGGAAGACACUAGAAUAAUGUGGAAGGAAUCACUAAAGCAGAAUGUUGGUCUUGUAGCUAUAAGAGAAUAUCCAGAUGGUCAAGAAGAAAUCAUUGGGACCAAUAUAACAUGUGUUGUCAGCAAAGGAGAGAAAUCAAAUCCUGAUGAGGUGAAAGGCGAGGCAAUGAGAAAAAUUUGGCGUAUGUUGAUGGAAGAUCUACCAAAGCAACUUGAUGUAUUUGAGCAUUAUGGGGUGGACCACUACAUGAGUGCUGUGGGACUAACUGUAUUACCAAAAUACAGAGGACAAAAUGUGGGACUUGAGAUUUUACGUGCUCGAUUUCAACUUGUGAAAGGUGUUGGACUGAAGGCAACAGCAACAGCUUUCACUGCCAUGGCCUCUCAAAAACAAGCACAGCGUGCAGGCUAUGAGUUGUUGACUGAAAUGGUAUAUAAUGAUUACAAGGUAGAUGGAAAAGUUGUCUUCCCAGGGAUGACCACACCAUCAGUGAAAUAUAUGGGCAAAUACAUACCUUGA